ACCGCGCCACUUGCCGUUCUCGCCAGCCUCUUGCACGACGUUACACGCGACCCUAAGCGAUUGUCGCCGAUCUCUCUCCCUCGACUCUCACAUCAGCGAAACGAAAGUAACAGUAACAACCGACCAAGAUGUGCGACGAUGAUGUUGCGGCACUAGUCGUGGACAAUGGAUCCGGUAUGUGCAAGGCCGGAUUCGCGGGAGAUGAUGCUCCGCGCGCUGUAUUUCCUAGCAUCGUCGGUCGCCCUCGUCAUCAGGGCGUGAUGGUCGGUAUGGGUCAAAAAGACAGUUACGUCGGCGACGAGGCGCAAAGUAAAAGAGGUAUAUUGACCCUAAAAUAUCCUAUAGAACACGGUAUUAUCACCAAUUGGGAUGAUAUGGAAAAAAUCUGGCAUCACACCUUCUACAACGAAUUGCGUGUCGCUCCGGAGGAACAUCCUGUCCUGCUCACCGAAGCGCCGCUCAACCCGAAAGCUAACCGCGAGAAGAUGACGCAGAUCAUGUUCGAAACCUUCAACAGCCCGGCCAUGUACGUCGCCAUCCAGGCUGUCCUUUCCCUGUACGCCUCCGGUCGUACCACCGGUAUCGUCCUGGACUCCGGUGACGGUGUCUCCCACACCGUACCCAUCUACGAAGGUUACGCCCUUCCUCACGCCAUCCUCCGUUUGGACUUGGCCGGUCGCGAUCUUACCGACUAUCUCAUGAAGAUCCUCACCGAGAGAGGCUACAGCUUCACCACCACGGCCGAGCGAGAAAUCGUUCGCGACAUCAAGGAGAAGCUCUGCUACGUCGCCCUGGACUUCGAACAGGAAAUGCCACCGCUGCCGCCAGUACCUCCCUCGAGAAGAGCUACGAGUUGCCCGAUGGUCAGGUCAUCACCAUUGGUAACGAGAGGUUCCGUUGUCCUGAAGCUCUUUUCCAGCCUUCCUUCCUGGGUAUGGAAUCCUGUGGCAUCCAUGAGACUGUCUACAACUCUAUCAUGAAGUGCGACGUCGAUAUCCGCAAAGAUCUCUAUGCUAACACCGUUCUUUCCGGUGGUACUACUAUGUAUCCCGGUAUCGCCGAUCGUAUGCAGA